AUGAACGCCAAGAUUGAGCAAAUAAUUCAAGUAAUAGUAGAGGUAUGCGAAGCAUCUAUUAAAAUAUUUGACGAAAAGAAUAGUUGGAUGAAAGGAUCCGUUUUAUCUUUUGAAUUUCCGUUAUUGGAUGAUUUAUUAUUAUCAAAAGAAACGGAAAAGAUUUUUCAUGAUGGAGGAAAGAGAAUGGUGCUCGUGAUUCUUUCGCUAGUUGGAGUUUUAAGUACAAGCAAAAGACCCGAAUACAUUCAACUUGCAAGAUUAUUUUUAUUACAUAUUUUCAUCUUGGAUUAUCUUCCAUUAAAGUACAGGGCAGCGCCACCACCACCGCCUUUUGAUGAUGAAUCAGAAGAAAAUAGAUUCAUGAAGGAGUUUUAUAAAUUCUCUGCAAAAGCUUUAUUGAGUGAUGGUUUUAAAGAAAUAACCAAUAGUAUAGCCGAUUUAAGAAGUAAUCUUGGUGACUUUAUCGAUGGUAUAAUAUUUGCAUCUUUAAUAAGAUUACAAAACAAUGGAAAAUUUAGCUUUCCCCGGGAAAUUAAAAAUGAUUUCGAUGUUGCGUGGAGAUUGAUAAUGGAUUUGUGUAUGAUGAAAGGACACGAUUUUUCAAAUGAUGAAAAUCACCUUUUAAAUGAUAAAGAAUAUUUAACGAUAGUGACAUCGAACGCAACAAAUGUUCAUGAACAAACAACAACUUUACUUCCAUUUAAUUUUCCAUUUUUUGAAAAAUAUUUAGGUAAUAUGCAAUUGAAUCUUUCCGAAAAUUCGAGUUUAGAGAUAGAUCAUGGACAUUAUGGAAAUAUUGGAAAUAUACCAUUUCACGAUAUUUAUCAUUGGCAUAAAAAAAGAUUAAUAGAUGCUCCAGAACCUGUUAAAGAUAGUUUAAGAGAUUACCAAAAAUAUGUAAGUUUCAUGAAUAAAUAUGCCUUAUCCUUAAACGGGACUCAAGGUUUUUAUAGUAUAAAAAUAAUCAAAAAAAAUUCGGGAAAAGAGUAUAAACAAUCUAAUAAAGCAAAAGAGUUGAUAGAAGAUAUAAACAAAAAAAAAAUGAUUGAAAAAUUUAAGAUUUCUGAAAAUAUCCUUGAUAAAGUUAUAAAAGAAUCAAAAGGUAUGAUGAAUGAUAAAAUAUUGGAAUCUUUGGAUAAUAUGAUUUUGAAAAAAGAUAAGUUCCAGCACCCUAUUUCAUUAUUACGUGUACAUUUUUAUAAGUUAAAAGUUUUGCUUGAUUUAUGGACAGAAUAUUGUAAAUAUUAUACCAAAAGCCAUCAUAAAAAAGAAUAUUGGUCAAAAUUUCCUGUAAAUAUAUUUCGUCAAAUAUUUUUCAUUGCUCAAAAUUUUACAUUCAUAUUGAGUGAAAAUGAAGAGAGAAAAGAAAGAUUGAUAGAAAUUUUAAAUAGACUUGGAUUACAUGAUUCGGCUCUUAAGUUAGGAAAGAUGUGUAAUAUUGAAAAUACAACCACAGUUAAGAAAAAUGAAAAGAAUAAUAAAUGCAAUAUUACAAAUUUAUUAUGUUAA